AUGUCUCAUUCACUACUUUCUGACUUACCACGUCUCCUUAUCCUCGAUGCUGAUGACUCUUACACCAAUAACAUUCUACCUCUCAUAUUGAGUGACUUUCCGAUUGACUCUCCUCAAAGAGCUUUACUGGAGAACCGAGUGGUAGUCAUUCGAGUUGGCAACAUUGACUGGCAAACCCUCACCAAUCAAAUUCUUCCACAAUUUGAUGGCCUGAUCCUAGGACCCGGCCCCGGCCGACCUGCUUCAUCCUCUGGUGUGUCUUCCAGUGGAGAUUCUCAACAGGCAUCAGGGGAACAUCCUUCGACAAUCUUUACUCGGCUAUUUUCUUCGCAACCUUUACCGGCUCUCGAAGGACGUAUAUUACCUACUCUAGGAAUCUGCCUUGGUCAUCAAUCACUAGGUUGUGCCUUUGGUGGAAAAAUUGGUUCAGCUCCACGCGUUAUCCAUGGCCAAUUAUGCGAACUCGAACUUGAAAUCGAUCCAGUCACAGGUUCAGGAAAAGCUAUCUUUGAACAACUUCAAUCUUCAACUCAAGUUGUACGAUACAAUAGUCUUGUUGUGGAUCCUUCUGGACUAGAUCCUGAGUUGGAGGUCACAGCUUGGGCGAGUGAUGGAGCAAGUCGAUCUGUGAUGGGGCUCAGUCAUCGUUCACUUCCGUUUCAUGGGGUUCAAUUUCAUCCCGAAUCGGUCUGCUCGUCUGGUGGCACUCAAAUUUUGCGGAACUUUUUGGAUUUGGUUGUUGCUUCAGGUCAUCAGACCUCACCUCAUACCUAUACCGAUCUUCCGCCUUCUAUCCUUCGACUUUCGAGUUUGCCCAAUCAAUAUAACGUCCCGAGCCCUUUGCUCCCUAUUCAGGAAUCUACAGUCCCGUUUACCUUUCAGCUUCGUGCUCAUCAGCUCGGCCCUGCUUCGCCUUCUCCCCAGGAAGCCUUUCAGCGCAUUUUUCUAGGGAAAGGCUCAUUGGGCGAGAUUUGGCUGGACUCGGCCGAUAGUCUGACUGCAAGAGAGGAUCGAUUUUCCCACUUGACCAAUCCUGAUGUGUUACUGUCAUACUUUGCUUCAACUCAGACGCUUUGUAUAACUUCCUCAGACCUACAGCAGCGACGUCAAGUCCUUGAAGCACCAGGAUUGUGGCAUUGGCUUCGAAAUGCUCAACAAAUCUUGGAGGCGGUGACCCAGGUUGUUACGACUCCAGUAUGCCCUCCAGUCGGUUUCUUGGGGUACUUUGGCUAUGAACUUUUAUCCGAGUCCCUGGUCGGUCAUCGAUUGCCAUGUCGUGGGCUGAAGGAAGACGAAGGUGUACCAGACGCCGAGUUAGGCUUUUCCAACUCUGUCCUGACGUAUGAUCAUCAAUCCCAAACCUGGUGGGCCGCGGCACUGGUGAGGAUGACUCCCAAAGAGUCUGACGCCUGCCAAGUAUCUCAACAACUUGAGCAACUCUUCGGUCUUCCUCUUGGGCUCAGUCAUUCGGAAUACGCGACCUGGAAAUCCGGUCUCGAUAAGACAUUUUCAGUCUGGACAACUGAACCAAGUCAACAUGUCCAGCCUUCACUCCCACUACCCUUCCCACGUUGUCUUGUAAGCGAGGGAGACUAUUUGGAUGCUAUUGAAAAUGCUCAGCAGCAAAUUAUCGCAGGGGAGUCAUAUGAACUAUGUUUAACGACGAAAUUCAUCACCGAACUUCCAUCACUCCCAGCACCUGUAGCGCCCAAUGGAGAUCCCCCGACAUCAAACCGGCCGGACAACGGAUCUUCCGCCCUUCGUGGCCACUACGAUAUGUAUCUUACUCUUCGUGAAAAGAAUCCAGCUCCAUACGCAGCCUAUGUCCAUUUCCCAACUUACGAUACCACUCUGCUCUCCUCUUCUCCUGAACGAUUCUUGCGCGUGAAAGAGGGAUGGGUGGAUAUGAAGCCCAUCAAAGGGACAGCUAGAAGAGUGUUAAAUGAUCUGGAGGCCGAUGCAAAAGUGGCAGAGAGCCUGCGAACAAAUAUAAAAGAACGUGCCGAGAACUUGAUGAUCACUGAUCUUAUCCGACAUGAUCUAAUUCAAGCUUGUGAUCCUGAGACAGUCCAAGUCACCAAGUUAAUUGCAAUUGAAACAGCUGCAACGGUUCAUAGUCUAGUAAGCACUAUAGUAGGUAAAUUAAGGAAAAACUUAAAUGCAGUAGAUGCACUUUCAACUACUUUUCCACCAGGGUCAAUGACAGGUGCUCCAAAGUUAAACUCAGUUGAUAUCUUAGAUCGACUUGAAAGUAGUCAACCACGUGGGAUUUAUUCUGGUAUACUUGGUUUUUUUGCUUUAGACGGAUCUUGUCAUUUCAAUGUUGUGAUCAGAACGGCUGUGAUUCGUAAUAGACAUCUCACUAUUGGGGGCGGUGGUGCGAUUACAGCCCUUUCGAAGAAAGAAGACGAAUGGGCAGAAGUCUGUACAAAGGUUGAAUCGGUGAUGAAGAACUUUUCAUGAAAUUUAACCUCGACACAGAAGAACAAACUUGGAUUCGCUCAAGACUUGUGUCAGAUUUGUGAUAGUUUGUAAUUAGCCUCCACAGUGAAUUUCUAUUUAGCAUAGUUGAUAUAGAUAUCGGGAAGUGUGUUAUUUUCAUAACUAAGCUCAAUUCAUUACGCAUAGACCUCAGCGACUCGCACAUCGAGUAACUUUAACAUGAAGAAGCAUCCGGCUGAUUCCUUUUGUUCAUGCAUCGUUAUUUUAUUAUAUUUUCUGUCUCGUUCUUGGGGUUGUCCCUGUCUCCCACUUUGUCCUUUCACGAGUGUGCUCGCUGCUCAACCUGAGUGGUUCUCACAGGUCAAACUUUCCCAAGAUGAUCUACGAUCGAUCUGUUUGUUCUAUCUCUGCAGAUGGUUUUUGUCGUUUUAUUUUUGUCGUUUUUACCUGUUAUCUUGUCUGAGAUUAAGACCUCCUGAUCAUGUUGUCUACACGGAGGAUCCUUUUUCUUAUCUUUUCUCAUUUUCUUCUUAUGGUUGUACGCGCCUUGUCGUGGAGGGUGUUGUACUCUCACGCCUGCAUGGUACGACCGUGGCGCAUUCCAAUCAGACUCAUAUAGAGGCGGAUGCUCAGCUGAACAUCUGUUUUCUAUAGAUAUGCAAUAUAUUUUACUCCUG